AUGUCGCUUCAUUCUGCUUUUAAUAAAUACCCUGCUCCUUCUGGUAUCAAUUACGCUUACGGAACUGCGGGUUUCAGAUAUUUUGGGGAUCAGUUGGACUCUGUGGCUUUCAAGGUCGGCGUUAUUGCCACUUUGAGAUCAAUUUGUCUCGGCGGUAAAACUAUCGGUAUUGUUAUCACCGCUUCUCAUAAUCCUCCAGACCAAAACGGCGUCAAAGUCGUUGAUCCAAUGGGUGAGAUGCUCCCUCAGUCUUGGGAACCCUUUGCCAAUCAGCUUGCAAACACUAAAGACUGGCAUCAGUUCAACCAGCUGGUUCAAGAAAGGUUACCAGAAAAUUAUUUGAAAUCACGUGAUAUUGUACCUAUGGUUGUAAUUGCACGUGAUACACGUCAAUCUGGUCCUAGGCUUGUUAGUGCUGUCAUUGACGGUGUUAAUGCUUUGAAUGGUCAUAUCACUGACUUUGGAAUGCUUACUACACCCCAACUUCACUAUAUAACUCGUUGUAGCAACGAUGGCUCUUUUGGUGUAGCCUCAGAACAAGGUUAUUACAAUAAGUUGAUUAAAACAGUGACGAAAAUUCUUCAGAUCAAUAACUACGACUGUUUGGAUGCAGUUACAGUUGACACUGCUAAUGGAAUAGGAGGAGAUAAACUUCAAAAGAUCAAUGCGUUGAAUCACGUGAUGUCGUUUCACGUGAUUAAUGGAGAUACCGCUCAUCCUUUGAGAUUAAACGUUGAUUGUGGAGCUGAUUACGUUAAGACGAAUCAGAGGCUACCACAUGGUGUUGGCAAUCCAAUCCCGGACCAGUUGUAUGCAUCUUUUGACGGAGAUGCCGAUCGAUUAGUGUGCUACUUCAUGGAUAAGGGAGGUAAAUUCCGGCUCUUGGACGGGGACAGAAUCGCGACACUUUUUGCAAGUUUGAUAGGGGGGUUAUUGUGUCACGUGAAAGGCAUACACGUGACCACGGCAAUUAUACAAACUGCCUAUUCGAAUGGAUCAUCUACUGAGUUUAUUCGCGAGAAAUUGGGACUUCCUGUUUAUUUUACAUCUACAGGAGUGAAGCAUCUUCAUGAAAAGGCUAUUGAAUUCGAUGUAGGUAUAUAUUUUGAGGCCAAUGGCCAUGGAACGGUUGUUUUUUCAAAGAAGUACUUAGAAGAGUUGAAGAAGUAUGAAGCCAAGAACUCCUCAGAGCAGGUAGCAGUAGAUACGUUGAUUCUAUUGGUUGAUUUGAUCAAUCAGGCAGUAGGAGAUUCAAUCAGUGACUUAAUUACAGUACUUGUAGCACUAAAGUUGAUGAAGAAAAGUGUUGAGAAAUGGGGAGACGAUUAUAGCGAGUUGGCCAAUAAGUUAUUUAAGUUGAAGGUGGCCGAUCGAUUUGUCUUUAAAACUACGGAUGCAGAAAGACGACUAAUUGAACCUGUUGGAGUUCAAGAGAAGAUUGAUGAGGUGGUUAAAAGAUAUAGUAAGGGAAGAUCAUUUGUACGUGCUAGUGGAACAGAAGAUGCAGUUCGAGUUUAUUCAGAGGCAGCCAAUGAAGAUGAUUGUACAGAAUUGGGAGAGAAGGUUUGUGAGAUAGUGAAGGGUAUUUGA